GCAAGACUAGGACGAAAGACAAGUACCGGGUGGUGUACACGGACCACCAGCGCCUAGAGCUGGAGAAGGAAUUUCACUACAGCCGCUACAUCACCAUCCGCCGCAAGGCUGAGCUGGCUACUGCCCUGGGGCUCACCGAACGGCAGGUGAAAAUCUGGUUUCAGAAUCGGAGGGCGAAGGAGAGGAAGGUGAACAAAAAGAAGAUGCAGCAGCAAAGCCAGCCCACCAGCACCACAACACCAACCCCACCAGCCGUCGGCACGCCGGGACCCAUCGGAGGCCUCUGCAGCAGCAGCGCCCCGAACCUCGUCUCUUCAUCUCCGCUGACUAUCAAGGAGGAAUUCAUGCCUUAA